GAGCCCUGGCUGCACCAGCAGUGGCUGGGCCAGGUGGCUGCUGGGGAGCCCCACCUUGGCCAGAGAGUCUCCUGCAGCAGCAGGGCCAGGCUACGGCCAGGUGGCCCUGGGGAAUCUCUGGCAGGAGCAGGACUACCAGGCAACCCCAGCCGGUGAACCUUGGGAAUCCCCCAACAGCAAUGGGCUGGGUGGCUGGGCAGCCUUGUCUGGGGAACUCCCCAUUGUCAUGGGGGCCAGGGAACCCCUGCAUCAACAGGGCCAGGUGGGGAACCUGGGAAUCUCUGGUGGCAGUGGGGCUGGGGUGGCCAAGUGGCCACAGCCAGUGAACCUCUAGCUGCAGCGGGGCUAGGAGGCAGCAGGGGAUUCUUGGCUAUGGAGCCCUGGGGUUUCCCCAACACCAGAGGGGCUGGUGGUGGCCAGGUGGCCCUAGAAGGGGAAUCCUUGUGGCAGCACUGGCAACGGAGUGGGAGCCCUAGCCUUGGGAGCCCUGGGGGUGGUGGUAAGUGCAGCCAGCCUGGGAGCAUUGACCUCCCCUGGUCUGGCAAACUCCCUGGUUCGGGACCGCUCAGGUCCUGAGGGUGCCUGAAUUGUGUGUCCUGUUGUGCGACCUUUUGCAUUUCUGCAGGAGACUAGGCUAGCUUGCUGGUUUUGCAGGACCAUCGUGAUGGCUGAAGUUGGUCUCGGGGAGCCCACUGCAGGCCCAGAGUUCCUUCCUAGAAUGGUGCGGAGCCAGUGAGUCAACCCCUUUCUGGGUCCCCUGCCCGGGCUGGGGCCAGCAGGAUGGGGAGUAGUGGCUCCGCACUGAAGGUCUGUGCUGAUCACCGAGGAGGCAUCAACUGGCUCAGUCUGAGUCCAGAUGGGCAGCAUCUGCUGACAGGCAGUGAAGAUGGCACUGCACGUCUCUGGAGCACUGCAGAUAGCCAGUGCCACGGCCACUUCCAAGGACAUGAAAGCUAUAUCACCUUUUGCCACUUGGAAAAUGAGGUUGCAUUCACAUGUAGCGCAGAUCAUACAAUUAGGAAGUGGGAUGUGAUGACAGGCCAGUGUCUGGCUAUUUACCGAGGGCACACAUCAAUUGUCAACAGGAUCCUGGUUGCCAAAGACUAUUUAUUUAGUGGCUCCUAUGACAGAACAGCACGGUGCUGGAGUGUGGACAAGGAGAAGCAAAUCCAGGAAUUCCGGGGCCAUCGGAACUGUGUUCUGACUCUGGCUCACUACUCCUCCAGGGAUGUUCUUGAUGAGUCAGAGGAGGAGCAGGAGAAACUGAGCAGAGACUUCUUGGUGACGGGAAGCACUGACUGCACUGUUAAGGUCUGGUGGGUGUCCAGUGGGCGUUGCUACCAGACUCUUCUAGGACACACUGGGGCUGUUUUAUGCCUUAUACUCGAUGCUCGGAAUAGAGAGCUGUUUUCUGGAAGCACUGAUUACACCAUCCGAACAUGGAAUAUUGUAACUGGAGAGCAGUUGAAAGUGUUCAAAGAACAUCAAGGAUCGGUUAUCUGUCUAGAGCUGGUGAAUCGAUACUUGUAUUCGGGGAGUGCGGACAAGACGGUGAAGUGCUGGUUAGCAGACACUGGGGAGCAAGUUCAAACAUACAGGACUCACAAACACAGUGUUAGCACUUUGAAAUACCACGCAGGAAUCUUAUUCACAGGAAGUGGAGAUGCCUGCGCUCGAGCUUUCAAUUCAAAGACAGGUGUCCUGCAGAGGAUCUUCCGAGGACACAAGUACGUCAUCAACUGCAUUCAGAUUCACAAUGAAUUAUUGUACACAGCUUCCCACGAUGGCACGCUAAGGAUCUGGGACGUACAAGGCAUCUGCAAGCGAAACCAGCAUCGCCUGAAGAAGGAGCGAUCUGCCCAGGGCAAAAGCUCUCAGAAGGGAAGCCUGUCUCGUCUUUUCAAUAACAGAGUUGGCUGCACAGUGCAACAGGCCAAUGGGGAGCUUGAGGCUGUCGAGCUGAUGUGACUGCCUGCAACAAACUUUUUGUCAAAGAGGAAACACUGAGCCAUCUUCUUUGUGCCACUGGGUGCAGCUAAGCCAGACCCUUGGAAAGAGGGGCGGAAAUUAAAUUCCCUAAAGUGUUCAAUCAAGAGUUCCCGUUUUUGUGAAACUGACUCUUCAGACUAUUUUUGACAUCUUGCAGCAUCUCAUAGUGUAUUGUAAUGGAAAGCAAACUUAUGUGGAUGAUUUACAGGCUCUGAGGCAAUAUAGGGACAGGACCCGUUGUGGAGAGCAGUCCAUGUGAUCUGCCUUUUCCUAUAGGUUUUCCCCUGGGAUUGUUUGUAAUGAUACUUUGCAUUUAAUACUCUUUUCCCAGCUAACCCAUAGACAGUUGGGAUUUCACUCCCCUGCUGCCUCAUGCUGGUUCCUGACUCGAGGAGAGGCAGGAAUAAGUAAUAAGCCAAUAGGUUCCCUCCCCCUUCUUGUAGCCUGUUACAACAGACUGCAAUAGUGUGGAAUGUGUAAGCGAAAGCUGCCUUGCAGAAUGACUGGAUUCCAUUUGCUCUGCUCCCAUAGGGGUUAUAACGUCCUUGCCUCUUGCUGAGCCGAAUGACUUUAAUGUAGGAGGGUUUGGCUGAGGCAAAGAGGUGCCUGAAGUCUCUCUGGGGCUUGAGCUUAGAGCAACAGAGCACAGAUUUAAAAAACCCAAUAAACCU